AUAAAAUUAUUUCAGUUUUCUGUCAAAAUUCGGUCCGGGAAGGUGCCCCUAGAACGCUCGGGUCGGUCGUUUGAAUACUUGAGUGUUUAUGUCUAUUUUUUGGAUGAUCCAAAAUUUUGAGAAUAUUAGAGAGGUGCCGAAAGAUUGUUGAAACGGUCGCAUCCUGUGUAUAAUAUCGAAUGAAGAUUGGUUCCUGUGCUUCAUCUAACUGAGAAGAGUCAGGUGAAGAAACGUUGGGUCCACCGAAGGAGUUUGCAGUCAUUCCUGAUAUCUAGGCACUGUGUCAUCUUUUAUUAGGAGUUCGUCUAUAGUGCUAUGGCUGCUAUCAAAAAUAUUGCUUAGCAGUGCAUUCCGAGCAAAGUGCAUACCCUGUUUAUGUGAAUGGUCCAUAUUGUUUCGUUUACCGUGGCUGUAGGAUAUUGGUACUGGCCAUCUGUGGUGUUGUCAAAUAUAUUAGUUAUCGGAAGAUCUGAAGAUUAUAGUGUAGUAAAAGAAGCAGUGCCAUUCGGAGGCAGAAGAUGAAGUACUUCAGUAAACAGAUAGCAUAUCUGAUAUUUAUGCUUGUUAGUGCUACCCAUAGUGCGGUAUUUUACGUUCAACCAGACGAAAAUUCUACUGUGUCGAUAAUCUCAAAUGACCCUCAAAGUAUACCGGUGGCUCCAACACCACAGGAAAGCCCCCCGGGUGGCAGAUCGCUGAACGUUCAUAACUUCAUCUUUUCCGGAGAAUCCCCACUGGAAUUGACGCUGGACGAACGAAUCGAGCUAGAGAAAAUUACCUGGCACUGGUAUCCCUAUCGGCGGAUAAACUACGUAGUGCUCGAAGACGGUCAGAAGGUCGAACUGCUGUGCGACCAAGGAUCUGCCAUAGACGAACUUCCGGACGAUGUUUUUACGCAGGAGCAGCGAUUGCAGGGUGCGAUUAUAUUGCAUUUUAUUGGCGCUAUCUAUUUCUUCACACUGCUGGCCUACAUCGUGGGAGAAUAUUUCCUUCCUUCGGUUGAAUGCAUUUGCGAAGAUCUUAAGUUGACUCAGGAUGUUGCGGCGGCAACCUUCAUGGCUAUUGCUGGAACGAUUCCGGAGUUUUUCACUAACACGAUUAGUACAUUCAUCGCUGAUUCGGACAUGGGCAUCGGCACCAUCAUGGGCUCUCUUCUGUUCAACACGUUGGGUGUUGCCUGUUUGGCGGGUCUGGCUUGUAAAAAACCGGUUCAACUGGAUUGGUGGCCAAUUACAAGAGAUUGCAUCGUGUUUGCCUUCCACAUAAGCGUUCUAGUUGGGUUCGCUUGGGACGGACGGAUCUACUGGUACGAGUCGAUGGUGUUCGUGAUCCUACUUUUCACCUACUUCGUGGUGAUGUUCCAAAACAAGCCCAUCAUGAAACUGGCCAAAAAGUAUAUUGAAGUAAAGUGGAACCUAUGCGCACGAGUAAUAAGGGAUAUUGAAGAAACUGAACAGGCCGCAUCAGCGAAUGCUGCAGCCAAUGCAAACCGUAAUAGUGCGCUAGAAAAGGUGCGGCUUUCCACGGCGUCCAUUUUGUCCGAUCAGAUGGCAGAGAAGCCAAUGAAGGUGGGCGAUCUGCAGAUUCCAUCCCGCCACGUUCUGCCAGACACGGAAGAAUAUCCACCCAUGUCCCUGUGGAAAAUUGCCCGAGAAACGAAACUGCGCACUAUUUGGUGGUUGUACAGCUGGCCGAUCCGUUUUGUACUAACAUUUACGAUUCCCAACCCGACUUACAUGCGCCGAUGGUAUCCGCUGACGUUCAUCAUGUGUAUCAUCUUCAUUGGCCUCACGUCUUUCCUCACGUUCUGGAUGAUGUCGAUCAUAGGUUACACUCUAGGAAUUCCGGACGGAGUCAUGGGUCUUACGUUCUUGGCAAUGGGAGGCUGCAUGCCGGAAGCUAUUUCGGCAGUUUUGAUCAUCCGAACUGGCAAUGGCGCCGUCGGCGUAUCGAAUGCUCUUGGCGCGAACUCCUUAUCCAUUGUGUUUUCCCUCGGAUUGCCCUGGUUCAUCCGAACGGUGGCUGACGGAGCAAGUACCACCAACGCGUACGUCAUAAUUGCUUCCCACGGUAUGCAGUACUCCAUCAUUGCCCUUCUGUUCGCCGUGGGUUCACUCUACGUUGUGAUCUACAUUGGCAAAUACAAGCUAAGAAGGCGCAUCGGUGUGGCGUUGAUCUUCUGUUACGUCAUUCUGGUGACCUUCAUGUUGCUGAAUGAAUUGGAUAUCUUCUUCCCAUCCGGGAUCGUAUGUUGAAGAAAGAUCGGUCACUCCAGAAUGGACUUCGAAUGCUUCGAACGUGACUUGCUAGAGUAAGUAGGUUCUAACCCAGCGUGACCCGAUGCGGAAAACAUGCUACUCGCUCCUCCCGAAUAUUGGCUAUGUUAAGUAUAACUGUGCUGAUGUGUAAAUAAAUUACUCCCGAAUGAAACCAGUAGAAUGCUGAUGUGAUAUUUUUACAGUGAAUUAGAUUGAUAUUAUGUUGAUGAAACAUACAAGACGAUUAGUGUAACCGCUCUUCAAAGUAGAUCCCAUUCAAUGCUAUGUAUAUGUGCAGAAAAGCAACGGAAAGUUAUCAGAUGUUCGGUGGUUAGUGGUUUAAGUUUGUAUACGAGUUGAUUCAUAUAAGAUACCUUAUAAUUCCUAACAGUUCAUAUGGCAGGCCAAUUAUGACAUGAAAUAUACGUAAUUGCAAUUUGCGAA